AUGGAUGGAGGAGAUGAUACCGAUUAUAAGUCGUUGCCACUUGAGGAACGUUUGCAACACAAGGUUUGGAAAGUUCGUUUAGAAGCCUACGAAGAGGUGAACAGUAUGUUUCAAAAUUCCAGCAGCGAGGACGAUGAGUGCUUUGGCAGAUUUCUAAAAAGCCCUGAUUUGCUUAAAAAAAUGGUUAUGGAUAGCAAUGUGGUCGCGCAGGAAGCAGGUAUUAAUGCUAUCUGUUCUUUUGUGGAAUUCGGAGGGUCUAACGCUUGUAUAAAAACUCGAAGUCAGGUUAUCAGUGCAAUUGCAGAAAAAGGGUUGGCAUCCACUAGAGCAGGUACCAAACAGAAAUCGAUCAAUGCGCUUUUAUGGUACAUCGAACUGGAUUCUCCCCACCCCGUUAUUGAAUCUCUACUACCAGCAUUGUCAGCAAAAUUACCAAAGCUUGUGGCUGGUGUGGUUGCGGCUUUGAACGAAAUCUACAGUAACUUUGGUUGCAAAGUUUGUUCUCCAAAACUUGUCCUAGAUGUAAUCCCCCAAUUGUUUGCUCACGCUGAUAAAAAUGUUCGGGCUGAAACAACAAAUUUAUCAAUAACCUUGAGAUCUUAUAUGGGGAACGUGUUUGACACAAUCAUAUUUGAGAAAUUGAAGCCAAUUCAGCAGAAGGAUUUGGCGAAAGCCUUUGAUAAAAUUGAGGGUACACCGACGCCAAAGCGUUUACUGAGAUCGCACCAAGUUCAGAUUGCUGAAAUUAGAACAGGCUCAGAUGAUGUCUCAAUGGUUGAUGUACAGGAGCAAUCUAGUGACCAAUUGGACGCCUUUGAUCUCGUUGAUCCUGUUGAUGUCCUUUCCAAAAUACCAAGUGAUUUCAAAUUAAGAAUCGAAUCUCCUAAAUGGAAAGACAGGGUUGAGGUCCUGGAAGAGACUUUGAAUGAAUUCAAACAUCCCAAACUUAAAAACGAUGAUUACAUGGAUCUGAUAAGGAUCUUAAGCAAAUGUCUUAAGGAUGCCAACAUACAGGUAGUGACGUUGGCUUCUAAAAUAAUCGAAAGAUUGGGAAAUGGACUACAACAGGACUUCCAUCGUUAUGUUUUAAUUCUAAUUUCACCACUGCUUGAAAGAACAAAAGAGAAAAAGCAGUCGGUGUUGGAUGCCAUUUCAGCAGCACUCGAUGUAUGCUUCAAAUUCUCGUCUUUGAGUGAACUUCUUGAGCCGACGCUUCAGUACAUGUCUCACAAAACACCUCAAAUUAGGAUCGAAAGCUCCAAAUUCUUGAUCAGAUGCCUCAAGCAAACAGAAACAGUACCGAAAAAGCAAGAAGUUGAUUCAAUUAUGCAGAUUUCUCUACGACUAAUGUCCGAUUCGCUGGCCCCUAUAAGGGAUCUUGCCUGUGAGAUUACGGCGACGCUUAUGAAGAUCGUUGGUGAACGACAACUCAGGUCAUAUUUGGAGGGAAUAGAUUCAAAGAAAACCAAAAAGAUCGACGAAUACCUAAGCUCCUGUGAAGUGAAAGCAAUUGGAACGAAACAAAAAUCCGCAGCUGCUCCCCUCCAAAAGGUAUCGGUACCAACAACUUUCCACAAAAAUGGGUUGCUUGAUUCCGCUAUGACUGCAGGGCAGGGUCGUUCAACAACUCCGAACUUGAGCCAAAUUUCCGAGCCUUCUUUAACAUCCAGGAAGCUAGCAAGUACGUCAACCACAAUACCAUCUAAGCGUGGACCUUCCUCUCCUCUAAAAUCAUCAACAGGUACCGGCAAAAUGAAUCUGACUUCAAGAACACUCAAGCCCACCAGUUCCCAGUCCCUGAGUCGAGCUCAGUACACAACACCCUCACUUAACUCUUCGGAACGAGAGCUCCUUGAGUCGUUGAAGGCAGAAAAAUUAGAGUGGAGCCAAAAAAGAAAGGAACUUCAGUGUCAGUUGGACACAAAGACAGAGGAAGUCGCUCGCUUGAAUAAAAAAUUAGAUGAACAACAGGUGAGGCUGACAGAAGCAACUAUGGCCGUCAAAUCGAAAGAUAUUCAAAUUUCUCGGCUUCAUAGCGAUCUGGAUCAAAGUGAAUCAAAGAUAAGAGAACUGCAAUAUCAAUUGCAGCAGGCAUUAUCGGAAAAGGUCACGGUGAAAGAGGAACCAAAUGACAACCUGAAAAGUUCUCUCCAAAAACUCGAGACAUUGGACUCAAAAUCGGAUUUGAACAGAAGGAUCUCCGACUUGAGUAUCCAUAAUGGCAUAGAAAAAGAGAACUAUGUUGGAUUUAAUACCGGAGGAACCACUAGUACAAGAAGCAAAUUCAGCUCAGGUUUAUACGAUGUCGACUCGAACGAUGACAGCUGGAGGAAAGCUGCUGAAGUCACCAACCAGCUAAAGGCAAGAAUUGAGAUGAUGAAAUCCAAAUCUAGAACAUUUAAUCAAUUAUAG